GCCGCUCCCCCAGCCGGCGGCGCAGCCCGGCGGCCCGUCCUGGUCUCCGCCCCGCAGCGGCGGGCGCGGGGCACGUCAGCGCUGCCAGCGUGGAAACGGCGGCGGGGCGCGGGAGGCGGAAGUAGCGCCGGGCCUCCGUCGGGCGCCGCCGCCUUCCCAGCCAUGGACGCGGCCCUGGAGAAGCAGAUAGCAGACCCCACGUUAGCGGAGAUGGGGAAAAACUUGAAGGAGGCGAUGAAGAUGCUGGAGGACGGCCAGAGAAGAACCGAGGAGGAAAAUGGAAAGAAGCCCCCGCCAGGAGACAUUCCCGGGCCCCUCCAAGGCAGUGGGCAGGACAUGGUGAGCAUCCUCCAGCUGGUGCAGAACCUGAUGCACGGAGACGAAGAUGAGGAACCCCCGAGCACCCGAAUCCAGAAUAUUGGAGAACAAGGCCACAUUGCUUUGUUGGGGCAUAGCCUGGGAGCUUAUAUUUCAACUCUAGACAAAGAGAAGCUGAGAAAACUUACAACUAGGAUACUUUCGGACACUACGCUGUGGCUCUGCAGGAUUUUCAGGUAUGAAAACGGCUGUGCUUAUUUCCACGAAGAGGAGAGAGAGGGGCUCGCGAAGAUCUGUCGGCUCGCCAUCCAUUCUCGCUACGAAGACUUUGUGGUGGAUGGGUUUAACGUGCUGUAUAACAAGAAACCUGUCAUCUAUCUCAGUGCAGCCGCCAGGCCUGGCCUGGGCCAGUACCUUUGUAACCAGCUGGGCCUGCCCUUCCCCUGCCUGUGCCGGGUGCCCUGCAACACGAUGUUUGGGUCGCAGCAUCAGAUGGAUGUCGCCUUCCUGGAGAAACUGAUCAAAGAUGAUAUCGAACGAGGAAAACUGCCCCUGUUGCUUGUUGCGAAUGCUGGGACCGCAGCCGUGGGCCACACGGACAAGAUCGGCCGCUUGAAAGAGCUCUGUGCGCAGUACGGCAUCUGGCUUCACGUGGAGGGGGUGAACCUGGCGACGCUGGCCCUGGGCUAUGUCUCCUCGUCAGUGCUGGCUGCAACCAAGUGCGACAGCAUGACGCUGAGCCCGGGCCCCUGGCUGGGCCUGCCCGCCGUGCCCGCCGUGACCCUGUACAAGCACGACGACCCGGCCUUGGCUUUAGUCGCGGGCCUGACAUCGAAUAAGCCGUCCGACAAGCUCCGGGCCCUGCCCCUGUGGCUGGCCCUCCAGUACCUGGGCCUGGACGGGAUCGUGGAGAGGAUCAAGCACGGCUGCCAGCUGAGUCAGCGGCUGCAAGAGAAUCUGAAGAAAGUGAACAACAUCAAAAUCUUGGUGGAGGACGAGCUCGCCUCCCCCGUCGUGGUGUUCAGGUUCUGCCAGGAGUCCCCAGGCUCAGCGUCAGAUCCGGCACAGAAGGCUGUCCCAGCACCCAGCACGGGGCCUGCCGCCGUGGUCCGGGAGAGGCAGUGCUGUGACGCCCUGAACCGCUGGCUGGGGGAGGAGCUGAAGCAGCGGGUGCCCGCGAGCGGCCUCACCGUCAUGGACCUGGAGGCGGAGGGCGUGUGCGUGCGCUUCAGCCCGCUGACCACGGCCGCAGUUUUAGGGACUCAGGCGGACGACGUGGACCGGCUCGUGGGCUGCAUCGAGACGGAGCUGCCCCUGCUCACCUGCACCCUGCGGCUGCGGGAGGAGUUCCGGCGGGAGGUGGAGGCCACGGCGGGCCUCUUAUACGUGGACGACCCCAACUGGCCUGGAAUCGGGGUGGUCAGGUACGAGCAUGCGGGGGACGACAAGAGCAGCCUGCAGCUGGACCCGGAGGGGGACAAGAUCCACGCCGGGCUCCUGAAGAAGCUAAACGAACUGGAAUCUGACCUUGCAUUUAAAAUGGGCCCCGAGUAUAAGAGCAGGAAGAGCUGCAUCUAUGUCGGCAUGGCCAGUGACGACGUCGACAUCGUGGAGCUCGUGGAGACCAUCGCGGCCACCGCCCGAGACAUCGAGGAGAACUCCAGGCUGCUGGAGAACAUGACCGAGGUCGUCCGGAAAGGGAUCCAGGAAGCGCAGGUCCAGCUGCAGAAGGCGAACGAGGAGAGGCUGCUGGAGGAGGGGGUGCUGCGGCAGAUCCCCGUCGUCGGGUCCGUGCUGAACUGGUUUUCUCCCGUGCAAGCCUCGCAGAAGGGAAGGACCUUUAACCUCACGGCAGGCUCCCUCGAGUCCACGGAGCACACCUACGUCUCCAAAGUCCAAGGCCCUGGAGUGACCCCUCCGCCGACGCCCUCAGGAGCACACACGAAACUCAGGCUCCCAGGCCACAAGCCCUUCAAAAAGUCCCCGAAAGGCUCCGACGCUCUGAGUGAGACCAGCUCCGUCGGCCACACGGAAGACCUGGAGAAGGAACCGCCGCCGCCGGGGUCCGGGCCAGAGCGCGGCGCCCUGGAGGCCGCGGGCCCCGAGGAGCAGCAGCCCGAGGCCAGCCCCCCCCAGGAGGCCGAGCAGCCCGGGAUCCUCCGCAACGGCGCCCAGCCCCCCGGGGAGAGCCGCCCACAGGUAGCAGAGCCGGAGAGCUUGAGAUAAGAGUCAUGUUGGCUGGGAGACUGUGCCGAGGGUCGCUGUCGGGGAAGAUGCAGUGUGUUGGGGAUGUGAACCGUGCCACGUGCCGAGACCAAGAGAAACGACUGUUCUUGCGCUGCCCUGGGGUUCUUGCACGGGCGGGCGCCUGAAAGCCAGGCUUUAGAGGGGGCAUCUGACUUGUCUUGCGAGUACCCGGAGCCGCCCCGGAUGCUGUUCACCCAGCUCUAUGAAGUCAGGGGACGCCCCCCUCCGCGACCCCGAGAGCACUGAGUGUGGGGUGCCAGCCGCCUGAAACCCCCGUUCUUACCCGCGCCCUACGCGUAAGAAGUGACUAGUUUGCACACCCGACUCUGGGAAGCCGCCCUCUGCGCUGCCCUGUCCCUGCCGCGGGCCUCAGCGGGCGACGGGCUCGAAGGGGAACCACAGUCAGUGCGAUCGUGACGCAGUGCCGCGGCCCGCGAGGGCCACCCGGAGGCUGCCCUCCCUGGAGAAGAAAGUAAGGACUGUGUCCACCUCGCCGGGGCAGGGCCAGGCAAGUGCCCAGAGCCUCCCCUGCCCCUGCGCCAGCCCGCCCUGUCUAUAUAUUUGUAAACAAAGUGAGGAGCUGUAAAGCCUCUUCUUGACCACAUAUGUGUGCGUGUGUGUGAGUGUGUGUGUGCGUGUGUGUGUGUGUGUGUGUGUGUGUGUAUUUUUAAACACUGGUAAAGCUUUUAAAUUGGCACACCAGAACCAACUGCACAUUUCUGUUCCACACUGAUACCCAGUAGACACGUGACCCCCGGAGCCUAACACUAAACACGCCGCGUGGCGCCUCUCCCCUCCAUUCGGGACGGCAUCUUCCCUGGCCCUGCCUCCCACGGGCGCGUCCCGCCCGGUAGCCGCUCACCUCAGAAACCAGAACCAGAAAAGCGGUCUUCCCCCGGCUGAUCCGCACAGACCGCCCGCCCCAGGGGCUGGAGACAAGCUCCGAGCCUCCACCGCUCCCCCGGCACCCCCGCGCCAGUGCACGUACUGUCGGUCUCGGCCGUGUGCCUUAGAGCCCCGCAGUCCGGCUGGGGAGAGGCGGGGACCCGGCUCUGUAGCGUGAGGGGCCUUGGAGUUAGAUCACGCUAAGCCUAUGUAAUUACACUGAUCGGAUGUGAUUUUUGACGGUUGGCACUUGUCUCGGGGCAGGUGUUUGUUUUCUUUCCCUUUUUGCGGGGGUGGGGAGGUUUGCAGAUGAUCUAAGCGAGGCUUCCCUGUUGCAAUGAAGUAUAGCAGAUAAAAGUGGGAGAAGAAAUUAUCAUCUUUAAUGAGAUUAAUUUUUAAAUGUUUUUAUAUUUGGAAUUGUUAAAUUGGUUUUGCUGAAACAAAAUUUCACCCUUGAGAUAACACUUGAAUGUUGGUUUCAAUAAAGGUUCUUGAAAUUGUUA